GACAAAGGGCACUUAUUAGGUAUAAAUCGCAAAUGUUUUGUGACGAUGAACACAGCAUGUUAAGAUAAAAUGUCCAACAACUGGGCUGAAUACAACAUCAGACGCAAGACUAUCAUUGUAAUUGUUCCAAUCAGCGAUCAGUUUGUUCCGACGAGAAAUGUUUCGACCACAGCCAACUCGACUUAAUCAAAAUGGCCUCUGAGGUUACCGUCGACCCUUACGACCUCUGCACGGGGUCGCCGCCACAGGCGCCCUCUAGCGGCAAGAAGUCGUGGGACGAGCUGCGGAGAAGCGUGCGCGACACGAGGAAGUUGUUGACGACGCUGGUGAGCACCGUGCCGAGUUGCUUCACGUUCCGAACCAUCGCCACGGAAACGGGCGACGCCACGCGACUCUAUUUCCUUGGCGUCCCGGUCAAAGGUCGCGAGAGCACGCUGCUGUACGUGGACGUGCCGAGGUACUCAGACGAGCACGGCGCCCUCUGCAACUCGUUGCCAUGGAAACACCUGCUGGACUCGUUCCAGCCGACGCUGCCAACAGGGCUGCUGUCGCGUGAGGAGCGAUUGAUGCGUGAGAGGAAGAGGCUCGGAGCCUACGGGAUCACUUCCUACGACGUCGCCCCCGACAACGGAACAUUCGUCUUCCCAGCGUGCAACAGUCUGUUUGAGUGUACAGACAGCAGUCCUUUGGAGGAGUGUCCUGUGUUGCCGAGCUGUGUGAGUACGAAUUGUCCCGGAGCGCGUCUUGACCCGAAGAUUUGUCCGCUCGACUCGCACCUCGUGGCCUUCAUCCACAACUCGGACAUCUGGGUGAGCCACCUGAAGUCGGGCGACGAACAGAGACUGACCUUCGCACAUAAAGACACUGGGAGUUUGUCUUCCGAUCCUGUCACUGCCGGCGUGGCAUCGUUCAUUGUCCAGGAGGAAUUCGACCGCUACACUGCGUACUGGUGGAUGCCGAGCGUCACUCAGUCGACAGCUGGAGUUUGUGUGUACCGAAUUCUGUAUGAAGAGGUGGAUGAAUCGGACGUGGAGAUCGUCAACAUAUUCACUCCGACCGAGGAGAAGGGAAUCGACACAUACAGAUAUCCACGCGCUGGUACAGCCAACGCUCGCACUGUUUUGAAGAUCGUAGAGUUCGAAGUAGAUGAACAUGGAAAGAUUGUUGACACGAUCGUGGAGCGACAGAUGUUGGAGCCGCUGUCCACAGUCUGUCCGUGGAUGGAAUACAUCGUCCGAGUCGACUGGACGCCAGACGCUAAGUUUGUUUACGUUCAGGUCCUGGAUCGGCCUCAGCUACAGACGGCUGUUUACCUCAUUCCGUUUGAAAACUUCCUGCCUGUCAUGUCCGACGUCGAGAUGGGCAGCUUCGACAGCAGCAGUUACCUCCCUUUACAGAUGAUCUACAAAGAAUCCUCAGAUAUUUGGAUUAAUGUCCAUGAUAUUAUCCACUUCUUCCCACAAUCCCGUCCGGACGAGAUCAGUUUCCUGUGGUCGAGUGAGAAGUCGGGUUUCCGUCACCUGUAUCACGUGACUUCUCAACUCCACUCGUCUCCUGACCAGACGCACUGCUCCAUGGAGCUAGACGAGAAACCACUUGAAUGUUUGCAGUGUCGUAUUUUACAAGAAGUUCCGCUGACAGUCGGUGACUGGGAAGUAAAUUCAAAGCAGUUUUGGGUAGAUGAAAAGCGGAAGUUAGUUUACUUUAUGGGUCUUAAAGAUACGCCAUUAGAAAAACAUCUGUACGUGGUGUCUUACGUGCGACCCCGUGACCCGAAACGGUUAACACAGGCCGAGCUCAGUCACUCAGUCUACAUGAACAAGGCGUGUACGAUGUUUGUCACGGUAUACAGCUCGAUAAAGCAGACUCCGAGAAGUAAGAUCUUUGAAAUUCUUCACAAUGACGAUGUCCACAUUCACACCGAGCUCCUGGGGACUGUCAUAGGACCCACAGCUUGUUUGGACUAUCGUCCGCCGGAGUUGUUUGAGUUUCCUAGUCGGUCGGACCACACGCUUCACGGGAUGUUCUACCGGCCACACAACUACGAGGCGGGAGCCAAGUAUCCCACAGUCCUCUUCGUGUAUGGAGGGCCCCAAGUUCAACUCGUGACCAACGCUUUCAAGGGUCUCAAGUUUCUUCGCCUGCACACGCUGGCGUCCCAGGGCUACGUGGUGGUCGUUGUCGACGGCCGCGGCUCGUGUUGUAGAGGACUGCAGUUCGAGGGUUACAUCAAGAACAAACUGGGUACUGUAGAGAUAGAGGAGCAGGUCGAAGGGUUGCUGUGGCUGGCAGGUCAGACCAACAUGAUAGAUCUGGCGAGGAUCGCCAUCCACGGCUGGUCGUACGGUGGGUACCUCUCAUUACUGGGUCUGGCUCAGAGGCCAGAUAUAUUUAAGGUUGCAAUAGCCGGAGCACCGGUUGUUAACUGGGCCCUGUACGACACUGGAUACACGGAGCGCUACCUUGACCUUCCUGAGGUCAACAAGCAAGGUUACCAGAACGGUUCCGUUCUCAGCUAUGUGGAUAGUUUACCUGACGAAGAGAAUCAUCUCUUGAUUAUCCACGGCCUGAUUGACGAGAACGUUCACUUUCAACACACUAGUUGUUUAAUCAAUGCGUUAGUUCGGGCGUGCAAGCCGUACCAGCUACAGGUUUACCCCAAUGAGAGGCAUGGGAUACGCAGUCACGAAGCAAGUGAACAUUAUAAAACAAUGGUUAUGAGUUUUCUUCAUAAUAACUUAUAGCGAACAUUGAACAUUAUAAAGCAAUGGUUAUGAGUUUUCUUCAGAAUAACUUAUAGCGAACAGUGAACAUUAUAAAACAAUGGUUAUGAGUUUUCUUCAGAAUAACUUACAGCGAACAUUGAACAUUAUAAAACAAUGGUUAUGAGUUUUCUUCACAGUAAGUUAUAGCGAACAUUGAACAUUAUAAAACAAUGGUUAUGAGUUUUUUUCACAGUAACUUAUAGCGAACAUUGAAUAUUAUAAAACAAUGGUUUGAGUUUUCUUCAAAAUAACUUGUAACAAACAUUGAACAUUAAAAAACAAUGGUUAUGCUCAGGGUCUUUUUUAUAGAAUAACUUAUAGCGAACAGUGAACAUUAUAAAACAAUGGUUACCAGGGUCUCUUUUAAUAGAAUAACUGAUAGCAAAAUAAUGAACAUUAUAAAACAAUGGUUACAAAUUUUGUUUACAGAAUAAAUUAUAGCACAUUUUAAAA